UGUCUCACAGCUCCCGCAUCCAUCCCACCAGCUGAAGCUGCACAUCGAUUACAUCCAAUCGGUCGAUCAGCCAUCUAUGCCACAUCCAGCGUAUUGCAACACCCGCACAGAGGACCAGCAUGAGAAGCAUAUGCAUCGGCAGCACCAGUCUUAAUGCCACCAGAAGGAGAGACCGGCCCGUCAGUGAUAUGAGGGGCGUCCACGGGGGCUUGUGCAGGGAUGCUCGACCGUCGGGUGAGGCCGCUGUCGAUCGGUUUAAGCCUCAAAGCUUGAUCGACACCAUCGACCUGGUGUGUGCCAUAGAAUGCGUUGACCGCCGUCGCCGAUGCCCUUGGCUUGUUUGCCACCUCUUCAUCUACCCUCGCACAUUCGUCGCCAUCAUCGUGUCUCAACAACAACGUGUCUCCUUCUUCGGACGAAGCCUCAAUAUCAUUUCUCGCCGACGCUCUCUCGCCGUCCCCCAUUUCGAUCCCCGACGGCUGCCGCAUCUCAUGAGAAUUCUCAUGGGCCAAAGCAUUAGCCUCCAUGUCGAUUUUCUCCGUCUUUUCCUCGCGGUCACCAUCUCCAUCUGUCUCUUCCACCAUAUAGCCAAGCGUGCUUCCCUCAGUGCCAGGUUGGUCAGCCCUCCGACGGGAAACCGACAAUCGCCGCCAUACCCUUACCAUGACAGAGCCACCUUUGUCGAGAGCGCCGCCUUUAUCGCGAGCGCCUUGUUUACGCAUAGAAAUGAGACACGGGUUGUUGUGUAAGGUGACGGCCAGCCACAAUCGAUUCCGCACACGAACAUGUCGGGAUCGAGAUGCGUCCGUUGAGGGGACAGUCAUGGUUGCGUCGUGGACGGUAUCGUUGAUGCACGUUAGGGCACAACGAUAGGUGGGGUUGAAUUCCUCGUAGCACAAUGUGCAGGCCGCCAGAAAGGCCUGGUGGGCAGCUGCAGAUAUGAGUGCACAGAGAAAAUACCGUCGCCAUGUGAACAAUUACGUAUCCGUUCUUACAGUCAAGUGCAGCUGCAAUGAUGGGCGUUUUGUCGAAACUGAAACAGAAGAGCAUCCCCGACACGGCGACCGUUACCACGCGAGUGACUCCCAAUACAAUGCCGAGAGGAAGGUUGACCAGCACCUGAAUGCACACACACACACACACACAUAUACACACACAUCAAUGUGGGUCAUUUUUAGAUUCUUCCGUCUCGUCCCACACAUACCAUCAAGUCCACAAACGCAUGAAACCACGCCGGUCGCGAGACAUGAGCGCCUGAUGGGCUGACCACUCGCUUAAACAGCGCUGCUACCAGCACCAGCUGGAUGAAAUAGAGUGUGAUCAGGCCAAGAACAUAGUUUCUGUAUUCAACCAUGGCUGCCAAUAUAAGCUUCUGGGCAAAGUAGAGGGUGAUCGCGAUCAGUGACAAGAAGGCCACGAUGAACUCGGAUAUAUAAAAGGCCAUUGUCACGACCACAAAAGUUAUCCCCAGCAGUUUUGUCCCGACUAAUAGGUGAGACACCACUUUCACCUCUCGCUCUGGGACACCAGCAGGAACAGCAGCCGGAUGCCUCCGGCGAUAAAGCUGCUGCAUUUCCUGGGUGCGGAUGGCGAGGGUGCCUUUGAUGAGCCGCAGCAUCGUGCGUCUAUAGCCCUGCAGAAUCCGCCAAAGCACAAGGCCGGAAGCACCGACGCCGACGGAAAUCCUGCGCAUAGACAAUUAAAUCAUAUCAGCAAACGUGUAGAUCGAGCAUGAAUGCGCCUUACGAAAUAUAGAGCAUGACUGUCAUGAAGUCGACAAAGUCAACGAGACGGGAAGCAUACUGCAACGCCCACUCUGCUAUGUCAUCUAGAUUAAAGAUUUUGUCUGCGUCAGGAUAUAGACCCCGAAACACUGAGCACACACACGAGAGACAGACAUGAUGUGUUGACACAUGCAUUCGUCAUGAUUACGGGUUUCAGCAAGCCGUUUAGCCUUCUCUUUAUCAUCAUGGCCGAGAUCGACAGUCUCGAGUUGGUCGGACACCAGCAUGUACUUGGAGCUAAUGAAGAUGCCCUGGUGAAUGGCCGUGCGUAUAGUCCAGGAGAGGGAAAAGGCGACGACUAGCAGAAAGAAAGUCGGAGUGUGCAUUGGGAUUGGAGGGGGCGGCAAAGCUGCUCCCUCUUGACCAGUCGGAACACCUCUGAUGCGCCGCCGUACAUAGUUACGGCACGAGACCUCCAUAUUGGCAAAGAACCAAGCCAUGGUCGGAUUAAACAGCGCCGUCAGGAGCACGAGGACGACAUAGACCCCUCCCAUAAAUAAUGUGGUCGACGCUAGCAUGACGUAUGCGAGGGAGUAGAAUGGCGCCAACUCUAUGUCUCCUACUGCGAAGGGCCGGAGAAACGCUGAGACGUCCACCUGGAAGAAAAAGAGAUAAAUCAUGCCCAGGGUGAGGACAUAGAAUAUCCGUGGCGUGUAGAUGUUGUUGGAGAUGUUCAUAAGAAGAGCCACAGAGAAGAUGACAGAGAAGAAGAUCUGUCAUGUGUGUGGAGAAGAUGACAGAGAAGAUCACCGAAGUUGAAGGCAUCAUGUGUGUGCACCAGCAUGGCGAAAUCGACGCUUCGGUGAAAGGAGGCAUCGACGUGGCGAGUAAGCUGGCUCGUUAGGAGGUUGUGCCUCCAUAUGUCAAAAAGUGACCAGAGAAAGAUCUACGUGAGCGCACGCAGACAGAAGAAGAGACAGAGACAUGCCUACUUCUGUCGUCUGUUGUGUAUAUAUCCUACGAUGAACAAGAGUAUGCUGGUCCAUCUGCUUUUUGUCCUUGUGCCACAAAGGUCCAAAAAUACAUACCCUGAGAAGACCGCAGACAUACAGAUACACAGACAUGGGUCAAUGCAGUGGCUCUCGCUUACGGUAGUUUGUGAACUUCAAUCGUUCUUGGCUGUCACGACGGCAGCAGCGGCAAGCCAGACGAUGGCGAAAGCAGUGACAUACCAACAGACACAUGUCGGUGAAACAUACAGCAGGCGGGACGACAUAUCUGCUUCUCUCUUGAACAGUAUCACAGGAGCGCGAAACUUGCAAGAGCUGGAAAGCCCGUCGAAAACAGCGCCGAAUGACCGUGCGAUCGUCUUGUGUAGCAUCGUCAUCGCUGCGAUUAGGCCGUUGCUGUACCCCAGCAGUGUAGAGAGGGUAGUGUAGAUCGAUGCAUCUCGUGAUCAGCGAAGGCAGCGCUUUCUUUGCGACCAUCCAGGCGAGAAUUCUAUGCGUGGAAAAAGCCAGAGCACCACAAAGGAUGCCAAAGAAAAUGAAGAAGGUCAGGACGCCCUCCGUAGUAAUCUUCAGCCCAUAUAACUCUUCGCUCUUGGUUAGCCACUUCACACCAGCCCUGAAAGCUUUAAGAGCCGCCUCCAGUGCCUUGAGAAGCACAGCAUAGUCGACUAUGUUGCCGUUCAAUAGCGCUUCAAGGCCGUAAUGGCUCAGGAGUAUGUUCGUCAGGUGAGCGGCCUCCCCACUUUUGUCAGGCUCGUUCGAGAGCGGCUCUAAUUCUUGGAGAGCGCCGUGGAGUUCGCUGGCAAGGGUGUGCGCGUCGGUGCCAGGCUCUUCGGAUUUGAGGAUCUCCGUCAGCGUUUUGUUGAGAAGAAUGAAAACAGUGUCCGCAGAGUCAUUCUGAGAGAGCAGGAGGGGGCCAAGGCCGCCAGCCAAGCUGUCUAGAGAAGAAUUCGUCGCCGGCGACGUCACAUUGUCCAGCAAAACGCCUUCCAGCAGCUGCGCAGCUUGUGCAGAAUUGAUCGAAUGCGAAAUAAGCCUCCUUCUGCCAUCGAAUUCGGCCGGCAUGAUGUAUUCGUGCAGAAGACUCACAGCCAUAAUGAUGAAGUCACAGUUCCUGCAGCUCUUCUCCUCGUGGAAAAAGCUGAGCACAGCAAUAUUGAGAACAACGCUGAGGUGCUGCGCCGCCGUGGCAUCAAGAAGAAGUGCCUCCAGGCUGUCGAAGAGAGCCCUGAUUGCCAUCCUUGUGCCGCCAGAUGUUGUCCCGUCCACGAAAGGGCAGGAAGGCAGCAGUAGAGUAGGCAGAUGGCCGAUGAAUGUAUCAGCACCAUGCUGCCACGUCGUGACAUCCUCAAGAGCAGAUGGCAGGAGAAAUGCCGCAAGGCCCGCUGGCGAGGAAAGAUGACUCCGCGCAUCAGCAAUGGCAUUUACCACGGGACGGAACAGAGCCCUCACCGCCUCUUCGGGUUUGGUCACACUGUGAGACAUGAUGAAUAGCCUCCAUUUUUCCAGCAAGGCUCUCACGGCAAUCUCGCCGAGAAAAUGUUUGUCACCAGGUGCCAAGCUCAUCUUGAAGACCACAUGAAGGACCGAAAAAAAGUCUUGAGCCAUGAGAGCUUCAAUUGAUGGUGCGCUGUCAAAUGCGUCGGUAAAGGUCGAGGCCAGACCGUGGACGGCUAUCGCGACAAGAUCCGACUCGGCCUCUACACCGGUCACAGCCAUCACAACGGUCCUCAGUAUGUCGAUCACCGUCAGUUCAAGCUCCUGUUGAUCACCGGCAUCAUCGAGAAGAGCUCUCUUGACCAAUAAACGUGUGUGGGUGUCAAUAAUAGCGCCGAAGGCAGCGAGAGCGACAGCAGAAGAGGCGUUGUGACAGUCGUCGAUUGUCCUCGUGUCCUCGAAAGCAACCGUGAAGAGCUUGGAAAGGUUUUCGACCGCGGUGUUGUUGAUCCGCUGCAUCGUUGUGUUGUCCAGAAAGGGUCUCGAGAGAGCGUUGAAGGACGGCGGGAGCAACCCACGAGCCAUCGCAGCAUCAGUCACAUCAUCAGCUGGUGCCGUGGUACUGUUGACCGUCGUAUUGAGGAGGUCAAGUAGGAGGAAGGAAUGAGCACGGUCCGUCUCAUCUGCCAGAAGAGUCCCAAAAAUGCGGUCAAGAAGAGCAAACAGGCUCCGAUCACUGUUGCAACAUAUCUGAGGAGGAGAAAGGGAAGACGCCAAAGGGACUGUCACAGCUCACUUUGAUAUUGUUGCGUACCUCUCUUGCGCAUGUCAACAAGAGAAUGGCAGGUAUAAGUAAAGCACUUCGUCUUAACAUCGUCGCCGCGUGGGAGAAGACGCCUAAUGCGGACAAAAGAGAUGCUUGUGUGACAAUGAUGAGGGCUCUCACCUGAGUGUUUCUCACACGAAGGGAGAGAGCGGUCUCAUGAAUUCAC